UCCGGCCGGAGCUCAACCCUGGGCUUGCUCGCGCUCGUGCGGUUCUCUCGUGGCCUCGCAGGCGUUUCCGGGUCUCAUGGCCGGUCUGACUCUCUUUGUGGGCCGUCUCCCGCCCUCGGCUCGCAGUGAGCAGCUGGAAGAGCUGUUCAGUCAGGUGGGUCCGGUGAAGCAGUGCUUCGUGGUGACUGAGAAAGGGAGUAAGGUGUGCCGAGGCUUUGGCUAUGUUACAUUCUCCAUGCUGGAAGAUGUUCAGAGGGCUGUCAAGGAGAUCACUACCUUUGAAGGUUGCAAGAUCAACGUGACUGUUGCCAAGAAAAAACUGAAGAACAAGUCCAAAGAAAAGAGGAAAAAUGAAAAUUCAGAGUCUCCAAAGAAGGAACCAAAGCCCAAAAAAGCCAAAGUGGCAGAUAAGAAAGCCAGAUUAAUUAUCCGGAACCUCAGCUUCAAGUGUUCAGAAGCUGACUUGAAAGCAGUAUUUGCUCACUUUGGAACUGUUCUGGAAGUGAAUAUCCCAAGGAAGCCAGAUGGAAAGAUGCGUGGUUUUGCUUUUGUUCAGUUCAAAAACCUCCUUGAAGCAGGAAAAGCGCUCAAAGGCAUGAAUAUGAAAGAGAUAAAAGGACGGACUGUGGCUGUGGACUGGGCUGUGGCAAAGGACAAAUACAAAGAUACCCAGCCUGCUUCUGCCCCAGGUGGAAAGAAAAGCAGUGAGCAGAAGCAUCAGGAAUCAGGUAAAAAGAAUGGCAAGGUGGAAGAAGAAGAAAAAGAAGAAGAGGAGGAGGAGGAGGAGGAGGAAGGUGGUGAUGAUGAUGAAGAUGAUAAUGAUAAUGAUGAGGAGAGAAGUAGAAAAUCAACAGUGACCAGGCAUGUGAAAAGUCAGAAGGGAGCAGUCAAGAGAGCAGAUCCUGAGGAAAGCUCCGAGGAAGAACAUUCUGAGGACAGUGACCUGGAGGAGGGAGGCAGCAGCGAUGAUGAAGGAGCAGUGCAGAGUGACAGCAGUGCUGAAGAACAGGAGGAGGAAGAUGUUCCAGUGUCAAAGAAAAAGAAGAGGAAGUUACCCUCAGAUGUGAACGAAGGGAAAACUGUUUUCAUCAGAAACCUUUCGUUUGACUCAGAAGAAGAGGAGCUUGGGGAAAUCCUCCAGCAAUUUGGCGAUCUUAAGUAUGUGCGAAUAGUCUUGCACCCAGACACCGAGCAUUCUAAAGGCUGUGCAUUUGCACAGUUCAUGACUCAGGAAGCAGCUCAGAAAUGCCUUGCAGCUGCCUCUCCAGAAGCUGAGGGUGGUGGGCUUAAACUGGACGGCCGGCAGCUCAAGGUUGACUUGGCUGUGACCCGUGAUGAGGCAGCAAAGCUUCAGACAAAGAAGGUGAAGAAGCCAACAGGAACACGGAACCUCUAUCUGGCCCGCGAAGGCUUGAUCCGUGCUGGGACGAAGGCUGCCGAGGGUGUGAGCGCUGCAGACAUGGCCAAACGCGAGCGGUUUGAGCUGCUGAAACACCAGAAACUCAAGAAUCAGAAUAUCUUUGUCUCCCAGACCAGGCUUUGCCUGCACAACCUCCCAAAGGCCGUGGAUGAUAAACAGCUAAGAAAGCUGCUGCUGGCUGCCACGAGAGGAGAGACGGGGGUUUGCAUUAAGGAGUGUAGAGUGAUGCGGGACCUUAAAGCCGUCAAUGGAAAGAUGAAGGGCCAGUCCUUGGGCUAUGCCUUCGCAGAGUUUCAGAAGCAUGAGCACGCCCUCAGAGCCCUCCGCCACAUCAACAACAACCCGGAAAUCUUUGGGCCUCAGAAGAGACCGAUCGUGGAGUUCUCUUUAGAAGACCGAAGGAAGCUUAGAGUGAAGGAGCUGAGGAUGCAGCGCAGCCUGCAAAAGAUGGGCUCUAAGCCUGGAACCAGUAAGCCCCAAAAGAAGCAAGAAGAGCUUGGCAAGGAGCAACAGCGAGCAGCUCAGAGCGCUACGCAGGAGCAAAGUAAGGCUUCUGGGGAGCAGAAAGGGAAGGCCGGCCCCACAUCGUGGGCAGGAUUCCAGACCAAGGCUGAAGUGGAGCACGUGGAGCUGCCUGAUGGGAAGAAGAGAAGAAAGGUCCUGGCACUCCCUUCACACCGAGGCCCCAAAAUUAGGCUGCGGGACAAAGGCAAGGUGAAGUCCCUUCCUUCUAAGAAGCCGAAGGUCCAGACAGGCCAGCGGAAGCAAAGGCAGCAGCAACGGUUAGCUUCCUCCCUGCAGGCCCCUAAGAAAAAAGCUAAGGAAAAUAAGGCAGAAGCCCACUUCAACCGGCUGGUCGAACAAUAUAAGCAGAAGCUGUUGGGCCCUUCUAAAGGAGCACCCCUUAUGAAGAGAAGCAAAUGGUUCGAUAGCUGAUGCCACCUGCAGACUGUAAGAAAGCCAUGCUUUUCGCUAAAGGAAAGAGGAUCCCAGCUGAUAGCCCCCGCUGCUGUCUCUGUGGGUUGUGUACAUUCUUGUCCCUUCUCCAGUGUGGGGUUGGGUAGCACAAAGGAACACCUGAAAAGCACUAUGGCUUCUUCCAACAUGCCCAUGUUGCUGCUGAAGCUGUGUGUGUAAUUGCAGCUCACUUCUGUUCUCUUCUCAAAUGGAAACUACUGUCGCAAAGUGUUUUGGGUACUGAAUUUGAAAGGUGCCUAUUUUGUUAUGGAGUCUGUAAAUGAGGAACUGUAACUUUUUGGAAGGGUCUCGUUUUUUAAUAUGCAAAAAUACAUUAUUUAUAAGG